GUUCCGCUGCGUCAAGCUUAAAUUUGGAACUCUUUUGAGAAUGCCGCGGCUGCUUGGUCCUUAAUUCACUGUGCCCUUAAGAACUGCAGUGAUAACGCCCAGGGCUUAUUUUAUUUUAUUUUAUUUUUGGACCCCAUUAAGGCGAAAACCCAGCAGCUGCCUUCCUUAAAGAGAAAAAGGAGCUACGACUCCCAAUUAGCAAAAGACAGAAGGUACCGUAAAGGGAGGAAGGGCAUUGCCGUGACAAAAAUCAAGGCAAGGGAGCCGUAAAGCCAAGCGCGGUGUCGCGGGAGGCUUCAGGAGAGAAAGCAGGAAAUCCAUCUGUCUAAUGCUAACUUGCACUUACUGAGGGCAUAGUAAAGGAAAAUGAAGAAGAACAGGAAGCCACCACCUCCACCACCUUCACGGGGAGGCAAGGGGACUGCUGCAGCCAGACAAAUGGGUUUGCUGUUGGAUUUCUCUCCUGAAAACAUGAUGGCUAGCAAUGGAGAGGAUGAUCAAGAACUGGAAGCUGAAUUCCUGGCUAUUGUUGGAGGCCAACCAGAUCCCAACCAGAAGCCAAAUGGAAAAACUCCUUUGCCAAUGGAAGCUAUUGAAAAAAUGGCUGCCCUCUGUAUGAAGGACCUUGAUGAAGACGAUGGGGUAGAAGAGGAAGAUUUAGAAGAUGAUGAUGAACUAAUGGCUGAACUAACAGAAGUACUCGAAGAAGAUGGUAAGGCCCCAGAUGCUGUGGUACCUGCUGCUACUAAGGAACACGGUGCUCCAGCUGCUUCCAACACAUCUGAAUCCAUUUUGCUGGAAAGACUGGCUAUGUACAAGGUUGCUAUUGCUAAUGCAAAACAAGCUGGGGAAAGUUCCAAAAUGCGUCGCUAUGAAAGAGGCCUCAAAACUCUAGAAAACCUAUUGACCUCUGUACGGAAAGGCAAAAAGAUAGAUGAAGAUGAGAUUCCUCCACCAGUAGCUACAGGAAAGAGUAGUAAUUGCCCGCAGGCUGCUUCUUUGAAGACCGCUCCAAUCUCACAACCCUCCACAGCAGAAGAAAGUGAAGUGUUAACCAAUCACUUUACUCCAGAGCCACCAACUGCAGCUCUUGAACAAUCACCAUCUAUAUCAUCCCCUGGGUUACAGCUGCCUCCCAAAGUUCCACCACCAAAACUUCCAAAACCAAAGAUUUCUCCAACAACUGGCCCACCACUCAAUUCCUCAGAAACACCACUGGAAACAUCUGCCCCAACAGCAUCUUCCCUUUCAUCAGAUGCUCUGAGCUCCAGCACUCAAGCUGUCCUGCAAGCCAGAGUACGGGAAUAUAAACUGGCUGCCCUGCGUUCUAAGCAAGAAGGUGACAAUGAAAUGGCCACCAAAUAUUACCGCCUGGCAAAGAGUUUUGAGCCUAUUUUAGAAUCUCUUGAUAAAGGAGAAGCUGUAGAUCUCAGCAAUCUGCCGCCACCUCCAGAUCAGUUACCUAAGGAGAUGUUAUCUUCACGUGUACAGCAGACUCCGGUGGCAACAGCAGCACCACUUGCUCAAGCAGUAAAUCAUCCAGCCCAAGGAGUCUCAAGGACAGCAGAGAGGCCAGCCCCCCCUCGAGAUAUGAUGGAGGCCUUGCAGCAGAGGAUGGACAGAUACAAGGCAGCAGCAGCCCAGGCAAAGAGCAAAGGAGAGGACAGGAAGGCCAGAAUGCAUGAACGGAUUGUGAAGCAAUAUCAAGAGGCCAUCAGAGCUCAUAAAGCUGGGAAACCUGUGGAGUUUGCUGAUCUUCCUGUGCCACCAGGUUUCCCUCCCAUCCAAGGAAUGGAAUCUUUGCCAGGGGAUCAGAGUUUGGGAGGGAUCCUUGAAACAGCAAUGAAACUAGCAAACGAGGAUGAAGAUGCAGAAGAGACAAAAAAGCCUGACACCUCUCCAGCGUCAUCCAAGCUGGCCCCCUCAGUCCAGCCGAAACUGUCCCAUCAGCCAGGCCCACAAGCUGCCCUUGCAAAACCAGCCCCAACUGGUAAAAGUGCCCCAAAGAUGAUUGCAAAAGCUCAACAGCAGCUGACCUUCUUAGAAAACCGGAAGAAGCAAUUGAGACAGGCAGCUCUCCGAGCAAAGCAGCGGAAUGACAUUGAGGGGGCCAAGCUGUUCUUAUGUCAGGCCAAAGGGCUGGACCCCAUGAUUGAGGCAUCACAAAGUGGGCUUCCCGUCGACAUAAGUAAGGUGCCUUCGGCUCCUGUGAACAAGGAAGAAUUCAUGCUUGUGCAGCGCAGUGGAGCCAACAUUUCCCCAGCAACAGCUGCCCAGUACACUGAGCUUGUGAAGCUAAUGAGACAGCAGCAUGAGAUGUGCAUCAGUUACUCAAAGCAGUUCACCCACUUAGGAAACAUCACAGAAACUAUCAAAUUUGAGAAGAUGGCUGAAGACUGCAAAAAAAAUAUGGAGAUCUUAAAACAAGCACACACCAAAGGAUUUCCACUUCCAAAAUAUCAUUAUGAGCAGCGGACUUUCAGUAUGAUCAAGAUCUUUCCAGAAUUAAACAGCAAUGAUAUGAUUCUUUCAAUAGUGAAAGGAAUCAACCUCCCAGCUCCUCCAGGCAUAUCUCCUGAUGAUUUGGAUGCUUUUGUGCGUUUUGAGUUUCACUAUCCUAAUGCGGAGGAAGCUCAGAAAGACAAGACAAGCGUGAUUAAAAACUCCAACUGUCCUGAGUUCCAAGAGAAGUUCAAACUGUACAUUAAUCGGAGCCAUCGAGGAUUCAAGAGAGCCAUUCAGUCCAAAGGCAUCAAGUUUGAAGUUGUCCAUAAAGGGGGGCUGUUCAAAAAUGACCGUGUGGUGGGAACAGCUCAAUUGAAGUUGGAAGCACUGGAGACCAAGUGUGAGCUUCGGGAGAUUUUGGAACUUUUGGAUGGUCGACGACCCACAGGAGGCAGGUUAGAAGUGAUUGUCCGCCUCAGAGAACCAUUGACAUCUCAGCAGCUGGAGACCACAACGGAGAAGUGGCUGGUCAUUGAUCCUCUCACUGGGCCCCCAGCUGCCUUUCCCAAACCUAAGCCAGCAGUAGCUCCUGUGAAAGAUACAGGCACUAGCAAGCCGGCCUGUUCUCUGCAAAGCUUCAGCAUAUUAACUUUGGACAAGGAGAGGCUGGAGAAAAAGAUAGUGACAUACAAUCAAGCUGGUCAGCCUCCACCCAGUGACCUGGUAGAGCAGCAUCAAAGCAUCAUUCAGAAGAUCAACUGGCAAAAGUCCCAGCUACAGCAUGGAGGAGCUGCAAUCAUGAAAGAAUAUCUGACUCGAUUGGAGCAGUACCUCCAAUGGUACACAGAGGCAGCAAGGCGCCUUGGAAAUGACGGAAAACGGGAGGCAGCUAAGGAUGCUCUUUACAAGCGCAAUCUGGUGGAGAGGGAGGCAUAGGAAUGCUCAUUGCUGAGGUCUUCCCAGUCUAAGUGCUGCAGAAGUUUCGGAAAUGAAGCUAAGCCACUUAUCUAUCCAAGCAACAAUGCUUUCAACCAUGGUCUUUUCACUGUUACAGGUGAAGGGUAGUGGAAAGACCAAAAUGCAUAGGCUGUAUGCUGAUGGAUCAGUAAUGCCACAAGCUGAUUCUUGAUUAAUUGACUUUGCAGAAAAUUCUUCCUAGGCUUCACCAUAAAUACAUUAUAACCCCAAUGACCUGAAGAGACAAUCCACGUGACAGGUGCCUUAUAGCUACAUCCACCACUCCUUCCUUCCGUUUGCACUAAGCAUUUUGCACAUGCCACUUGAGCUCUGUUUUUUUUUUAACCUGAUCUAAUCUAACCCCUUCUCAGUGGUCAAGGAGACCCUUGUGUAUGAAGUCUUAUAUGCCCAGGCCUGUGGGAUUCCAGUUUUUAAAACUACCUUAUAUACCGGUUGAGAAAGAAGUCCCGUUCACAUGGUCUUUCUCCCCUGACCAGGGUAUUUAAUAGUUUUAGGUGUGUAAUGUAGAUAUCAAUUGCAAUGAUGGAAAGAUUCCAUCACAUCCCAAAUUAACUGAGUUGGCCUAGUUUGGAAUUUGGCACUUUCAGUGUGUUUAAUGAGUUUAUUCCAGAAGCCAUAUAGUCUGCAUUCAUUUCCUAGAUUUCCUUAUAGCUACAUCCAUCACUCUGCUCUCUUUUGCACCAGGCACUUUGAACACUCUUUGAUUUUCUGGCCCUUACUGGUGUAUUCUGACAACUGAAAAUUCACUUUUCUGACAACUGAAAAUUCACUUUUCUGACAACUGAAAAUUCACUUUUGACUCAUGUAAUCACUUCUCAGUGGUCAAAUAGAUCUAGUUGGGAUUCCUUGUGUGUGCAGUCUUAUAUGCCAGUUGAGGGUCCUGCAUAUGUGGUAUCCUUCUCUACUGAGAGCUAACUAGUCUGCUCCUUAAACAAUCUCUAAUAUGGAGAAGAACGUAGCCACAAGACUCAUACUUUUUGAUGGGUCUGGACCUGUAACAUACACUUUCUCGUUGUUUCUACCUUGUCUUGGAGGGACCAAGAGGCAAAGCAUCUAUGAGACUGCUAAAUGAGAUGGUUCCCUUCUUCAGUGUAUAGAGAGUAGCAGAGCAGUCUUUCUCCUAAGGAAGGAAUAACUUUUCAGUUCUGGUGUACAGUUUAUGGAAUUCAUUCAUGGUACUCUUACGAAGGUUAGAUUUUCUUCUCAUAAUAUAUGUAAUUGUACUAUUUCUGUUGAAUGGGAAAUGGUGUCUGAUAACCUCUACUUCCUGAUACAUUAUAGAGAGAGAUUGCGUCACUUAGCUCCCUCUUCCCCAUACAAAGACAAGAGAGAAGCUACUGAAACCUGUUGGGGUGUUUCUUUUUUCUUUCUUUUUUUUUUUUUUUUGUAUAAUCUAUUUUGACAGAUGGAAAUGUGAUCUUUCCUAGUUCUUUUUUCUGUAAGAUUUGAGUAUAAGAAAAUAACUCAGGAUUGUUGCUGCUACUCAGGAUGAAAUGAGGUGAUGAACUGUGGGUUGUAUCCAGGUGGUCUUCCCUGCCUCCGCCUACAUACCUUUUAAAACCAAAUUUUAGUUUAUUGUAAAGAUGACAAAAGGAGAACAAAUGUACUAUAUACCCUUUUCUUUCCUGACCCAUUUUCACAAUCUCAUUUUUAUAAAAGUGCCUGUCUCUGAAACUAUUGUUCAGCCAGAGGUUUUCAGAAUUAAUGUUAAAAGCAAAGGCUGCAAAUCUGUGUUAUGGCUUUAUUUUAUGUGUAGGAUGACAUAAAUAUAUAACAUUUUUAAAGGAGGGAGGGGAGAAACUUUGUUCAAAACAAAAAAUCUUUAAUGUACCAGUAAUAAAUUCUCCAAGCCUCCUUUUAA